AUGCGCACGGACCGCCGGCGUCGCCAGCUGAAGCAGGUCAGGAGCGGACAUCCUCGAGGGUCCCUCGAGGCUGGGCCCGGAGCGACAGAGGCGGGGGUCUCCGGGCGGGUCCCUGUGAAGGACCUCAUAGGAUGCGCGGGGUGGGCAAGGCGGAAGUUCGAGGACGCGCCGGGCAGACGGUCACCUCGCCCCUACCUUCCAAGUUCGCCCCGCGAGCUGGAGGGAUCUGGCCAGACGGCGAGAAGGGGGCGGGAAGACGGAGGCGCAGCUCGCCGGCCCCCACGCAUCUUGCCCUCCUCGUCGCCCCUGCGCGGCGGGGCCGCGGCGGGGGAGGGAGGCAGUCGGCGCCCGCGGGCCCUGGGUCGCGCCCAAGGCCAGGCUCCCCCGCCCGGCUGCCGCCGGGCCUCGCCCCCGCCGCGCGCGCCCCACCCGCCUCCCCCGUUGCCGUGGCAACCCCGGGAGCCUCCAGGCGCGCGCAGGGGCGCCUGCUGGAGCUCUUGGCAGCGGCGGCGGCAGCGGCAGCUCCGGCUCCAGCUAAGCGCGCUGCGACCCCGCUCCGGAGCCCGCUCGUCGCCCCCCGCCCGGCUCCGGGCCCCCAGCGCGGUCCCCGACCCGGCCCCAGAGCCUGCCUGGCUGCCGGCCCCCAUGGAGCUGCUGGCCGCAGCCUUCAGCGCCGCCUGCGCCGUGGACCACGACAGCUCCACCUCGGAGAGCGACGCGCGCGACUCUGCGGCGGGACACCUCCCUGGCAGCGAGUCGUCCUCCACCCUGGGAAAUGAGACCACACCCGAGGAGUGCCCGGCCCUCGCCGACGGCCCCACCACGCUCACCGAGGCCCUGCAGAUGAUCCACCCCAUUCCCGCCGACUCCUGGAGGAACCUCAUCGAACAAAUAGGGCUCCUGUAUCAGGAAUACCGAGAUAAAUCAACUCUCCAAGAAAUUGAAACCAGGAGGCAACAGGAUGCAGAAAUACAAGGCAAUGCUGAUGGGUCCCCGGCCAGUGAGGAGACCCCGGAGGAGGAUGAAGAGGAGGAGGAGGAGCCGGCAAGCCCACCGGAGAGGAAGGCUGUGCCCCAGAUAUGCCUGCUCAGUAACCCGCACUCGAGAUUUAACCUCUGGCAGGAUCUCCCGGAGAUUCGGAGCAGCGGGGUGCUGGACAUCCUCCAGCCGGAAGAGAUCAGGCUGCAGGAGGUAAUGGGCUGCCCUAGGGUGGGAGCUUCCAAUCAGAGCGUACAGGUGUUUUAACCAACGUGCAUGAGCCUUCUUUUGCGGCGUGAGACUCCCUGGUUGGUUCACCAGAGGAAUUACUUGGCAGGGUACAUCCAACCAGAACAUGCAGGAAAAUUCACAUUAUUUCAUGGGCAACAAAAAGUACCCAGUUACCUUCUAGGAUAGCUCAACCCCAGUACUGAGUGUUCUCCACAUUGCUGUUUCGUCAGAUAGUAAGACUGCGUUCUCUAAACCUUUAGU